UUGGGCAGCACUAGCCGAUCGUCGUUCUCUCGAAUGAAUGAAUACAAUCUUAAAUAAUCUCUACAUCUGAUUCUUUAAAAUACAUGCAGCUAAGCAGACACAAAAAUACAUUGCAAAUCAGAACGUGUCAAAAAUGCUAACAAGCUAGCUUUCCAGGAAUAUAAAGAAAGGAGAUGGCUAAUAAUAAAUGUUCGGCAUUAAUAUAUAUGUAUGUUUUACUAGUAAACCGUGUAUUUCAGUUGUAGGACUUAAAUCGGCAACAUAUGUUGUUCACAUAGUUUUUGUUAUUAGCUAAAAUAGUAACCGGUAGUUGUUUACGUCUUCACCUGUGCUCUACGUAAGCGUUUGAGUACAACGUCAUCACCCCCUAGUAACCUCGACAGCGUCUUGGGAGAUAGCUAAAGCAACAAGAUGGGUUUGCUGUCAAUUCUUCGGAAGUUGAAAAGCACACCUGAUCAGGAGGUUCGAAUCUUGUUGCUGGGUUUGGAUAACGGAGGAAAAACCACAUUGCUGAAACAACUGGCCUCUGAGGACAUCAGUCAUAUUACUCCCACACAGGGCUUCAACAUAAAAAGUGUUCAGUCUCAGGGUUUUAAGCUUAAUGUUUGGGACAUUGGUGGACAGAGGAAGAUCAGACCCUACUGGAGAAACUACUUUGAGAACACUGAUGUGCUGAUUUAUGUGAUUGACAGUGCAGACAGAAAAAGAUUUGAGGAGACGGGACAGGAGCUGGCUGAGCUGUUGGAUGAGGAGAAGCUAAGUGGGGUUCCAGUUCUGAUUUUUGCCAACAAGCAGGACCUGCUGACAGCCGCCCCAGCCUCUGAGAUUGCUGAGGGACUCAACCUGCACACCAUCCGGGACCGCAUCUGGCAGAUCCAGUCAUGCUCUGCCCUCACUGGCGAGGGGGUACAGGACGGAAUGAACUGGGUCUGCAAGAGUGUCAACGCUAAGAAGAAGUAAGGCAGUUGUCUGCUGUCACACACACCCUGAGCCUGAGAGGACAAUGUGUACCGGUGUGUGUGUGUACACACUGAACCAACAUGGACUUGAAGAUAGUUCUAUCCGCCUGGCUGUCCUCAAAAUGUUGUUUACUAAAUUACAUCUUUUUUUUAGAUCUAGAACUUGUAUUGUUGCUCUUCAAAAGUGGGGCCACAAAGGGAAAUGAUGCUCUGAGACGGGACCCCAAUCUAAGCCCCAACCUAACCAUUCCCCCAAAAGAUUCCAGGCCACUCUACUGUCCUACUGCACAACACCACCCAGUAUACUUACUUUUUACAGGUAGUCCAGGAAACCAAUUCUCUCUCUCAUUCCCGUUCUCAUCUCUCCUUGUAGCUCUCAUCCAGACAGUUUUUUUUUUUAUUCCACGAAAAGCUAUUUUCCCACUGCAUAUAUGCUUGAAGUGAGGUAUAUUUUUGUAAUUAUUUAUGGCAAAGUAGAGGGUAAUGAUGAACUGUAGGAUGCUUACAAACAACGUACAUGGUGUGUGGUUUCUGUGAUGGCAGGGAUUAUUGUAUACUGUGCAUUUCUCCCCUGUGUGUGUGUGUGUGUGUGUGUGUGUGUGUGUGUGUGUGUGUGUGUGUGUGUGUGUGUGUUAAUAUGUAAAAUCACUAUAGUUCUAAUUUUAAAUGGCACCUUGUUCCCUAUAUAAUGAACUAGUCUUGUCCACAGCCCCUCUGAGAAGUGAAGUGUACCAUUCUGGACAGAAAUUAAAAUGAAUAAAGACCCAACUUUGAAUGGA